AUGUGGUGGUUUCAGCAAGGCCUCUCUUUCUUGCCUGUGGCUUUGGUUGUUUGGUCAGCUGCAUCUUUUGUGUUUUCCUACAUUACUGCAAUCGUCCUACACCACGUCGACCCUUUGGUGCCCUACAUCAGUGAUACAGGGACAAUACCACCUGAAAGAUGCUUAUUUGGGAUCAUGUUAAAUAUUUCGGCUUUCUUGGGUAUGGCUACCAUGUAUGUCCGUUAUAAACAAGUUUACGCUUUGAAUCCAGAAAAAUCCAAGAUCAUCAAGCUUAAUAAGAUUGGCCUUACACUAGGAUUGAUGAGCUGUUUUGGACUUUGCAUUAUUGCAAAUUUCCAGGUUUGUGCUUUGCUUGCAAUACACGUGGUUGGAGCCUGCCUGACAUUUGGAGUAGGGGCCAUUUAUAUGCUGGUUCAGACCAUCCUAUCCUACCUGAUGCAGCCAGAAGUUCACAGCAAAGACAUCUUUUGGAUCCGUCUGACCCUGUUACUCUGGUGUUGUUCAAGCAUUGUGAGCAUGUUUGUUUCCUCAGUUGUCUUAUACAGUGGCCUCUAUGGAACUAAUAUAGUGCAGAAGUUGCACUGGGACCCACAGGAAAGAGGCUACACAGCUCACAUCAUCAGUACCGUCUCGGAGUGGUCGUUAGCAUUGUCCUUCCUCAGCUUUUUCCUCACCUAUAUCCGUGACUUUCAGAAAAUUUCCCUGCGUGCAGUUGUCAGCUUGCAUGGACAAACUCUUUAUAACACACCACAUAGCUUUGCGACUGAUGAGCAGACACUGCUGAUAGCAGGGAGCAUCUAAUGAAGGUGGAGAGAACAUGUUCUCAGCAUUACUCAGGAAUUUAAUAGCAAUAAUGGUUGAAAUUUCUAAGCAUUUAUUUUAUAUAAAAAAAUUAUGAAGUGAUUGUAUUGUACUUGACAUAAAGGGCUUCGCUAUUAACCCACACAGCAAUGCAAAUGUUAUCAGUAUUGUAAACAAGCCUGUAACAUUUCCACACAUGCCAAUGUCAUGACAGAAUUAAAUGAAGGUUAUUAAA